UCCCUGUCUACUUAACUCCCAGUGACGGUGUGGAGCUGGAGGAUGUGUUUGGAUUGGAGAAGGGAUGGUGGUGGUGGUGGCGGUGGAGGGGGGCAUAGGGAGUGUGUGCGCUAUAAAUCCAGGGAAAACACAUCCCUCACAGUUUAACCAGUUUGUAGCACAAGCAACUUGAACACACAAUGACUAUCGAGUAGCAAAAUGCCUUAGGUGAUACACCUGCAUUAACUGUAGUUCUUUUUGUUGGCUCUGAGUGGGAAGUACAUUUCUGCGUGGUUAGUCACGAGGGCUCUCGUUUACUUUCACUUCUCUUAAAACUCUCAGUCUGCGCAGACGGGUUCCUUUCGCCGAUCAGUGCACACGCUGGAAUUUUAGCUCCUGUUUUCACAUGUCCUAUUUUGGCGACCUCUGAAAUGUAAGUCGGAAAAGGUGUCAGGACGCGAUGCGGAUUGGGAUAACGAAUCGAUACUGAACCGUGAAAUCACGUUUGACCGCGAGGGAAAAGUCGAAACACGCAGCGAACAUGUUGCGCUUGCUUGUUGGAGCGUUAAUGGUAUUGAAGGUCUCAGGUGAUGAAGAGGUUGAUGUCAUGGGCUACUUGGGAGAAAGCGUCCUUCUUCCGUGCACCUGCUUGGAUAGAGAUGAGCAUGCAGAAUUUAAGUGGCAGAAGGGUCAGGAAGCUUUGUUAUUCAUGAACCCUAACUUUGGCAAAAACUAUAACGGCAGAGCCGAAGUAUUUCUCAAUAACAACAGCAGUAACUGCUCUAUUCGCCUUAACAACAUCACCGUGGACGACCAGGGGCAGUACAUAUGCAUUUUCCACAAGAAAGGGAUAUACACCCGCAUGUUUGUGAAUCUAAAUGUCUCUGCGACAUACACGAUUCGUCAGCACACUCCCCUUACGCUGCCCGGAGGCGGGAGGGUUUUCCAGUGUGAUGUAAAAGGGCGCUACAGAGAGACUGAGAUUGUGUGGAUGUUGGAUGGAGAGCCUAUUUUAAAUUCCUCCACGACUACCGUACACACCACAGACACCCUGGAAGAUUCUACUGGCUACAAUUUCAAGAGCAAGCUCACGAUUAAUGGCGGCCAGACCUCAGAGCCUACAUGUAACGUCACAGCCAAAGGAAUAACUGCUGCUGUUAUAUCUGGUCCUUUCCCAACAUCUUCUUCUCCUCCUCCUGUGCCAUCUCCAAACCACCAUUUAUGGAUCAUCCCCAUUGUGUGUGUGCUUAUGUUAUCCCUGGUGUUGUAUUUUGUCUAUAAACGGACCAGGAGGUUCACGGCGAAUAUGAGGGAAGUGGAAACGGAGGACUUCUAGAGGAACUGAGAAACUCCAAAGAGACAAUGUGAAAGUACUUUCGUCCACACGAAUGUGGUUCGUCAUGGAUUUCAUGGGCGUCAUGGACGCCAUGCUGAUGCAGACUUUUUUUUGUACAAGUUACAUCCAGCAUUCCCACCGAUGUUAUGCGCUCCUGAAACAAGAUGUCCAUUUUGUAAAUAUGUUGAUAUUCUUUCCUUCCAGUUCAGCAACACACUGUACAUUUAAAGGGUACCAGUUAAUCAAGGCAAAAUGUGAAUUUUAAAUGACAACUGCUUUUGUUCCAGUUUUUUUUAUUUUUUUAUUUUGUUUCGGGUUUUUUUUUGCUGUAAAUAAGAUUUGUAUGUUCAUGUUUACUGUAUGGUUUAUCAGGGUUCAGAGGCAACAGGGUGACAUCAUAGUGGGAUACAAGAAAACACCUGGACAUCCAAGCAGCCAGAGACUUUUAAAAAAAAAAAAAAAAAAAGUGUCCUCCUUAGACUGAAAAGAUUUUGGUGAACUCUAGGAACUGGAAGAAAUACUGCUGCUGUAGAUUGCUGGUCCAACACUGGUCCCUUAUUGUGGAUGAGGACAUCUGAAGAAGCCUGAAGCAGUGGGAACAGCAACACAAUCUGAAUCUUCACAUUCAGCAAAGGGUUAUAACUGAACAAGUGUUUAUCUCUUUGUACAGUUUUUUUGUUGUUGUUGUUUUUUUGCUUGUUUUGUUUUUUCGCACUGUUUUAUUUUUUUACGUUUUGCUACUCUGUCGUCUCUUUUUAUAUUUUGGCACAUGCACUUUCUUGCUGUAAAUAACUUUUGCUCUAUGCCAAACAUAAAACCAGCUUAAAUUGGCACACCACACUCCAGUGCUGGAUUUACAACUUGUUCAGACAUGCCAUUGAAGCUGAGCAGAACAAUGUAAGAUCCUUUUUGCAUAUCUGCCAGAAAUGUGGCAACACGAUGCGUCAAGGAACUGAAAUUGGAUCCGGUCCUUGGCACUAGACUUUUGUGCUUCUCACAAGUAAAAUAGGUUCUUGGUGUGGAAUUCAGCAGCAAUGUUUCACCGCAGUUUGGAAAUAAAGAAAACGGACAGAAAACUGAUCUAAUUUCCUUUUAA